GAGGGUUCUUUUCUCUGCCUCGGUUUGGGCAACUUUGGGGUCUUCCGUUUUGAUUUAUUUGUUUUUUUUUUGGGGGGGAGGAACCGCCCCCAGCCUCCCCGCAGCUCUGCCGGCCCUGCCUCCUUCUCUCGGGUCGCUCCUCCCCUGGCCGCCGCACCCGGGGCUCGGGUCGGAGCCGGAGCAGGGGGCCUGGUCGCCCCGCCGUCGCCGCCUCCACUUGGGGGGGUUCAGGCGACAGCUCGUGGGGCGCUCCCCGGGCGGGCGGCGAGCAGUGCCCGCGGGCCCCGCUGAGCCCGUUCGCCGGGACGCCGCUGCAGCCUGGGUCCGGCGGGGGGCGGGGGUCGCCCCGGGCGGGGCGGGGCGGGGCGCUGGAAGUUUGUAAAAAAAGAAGAAAAGCGGUGCAGGGUUUUGUUGCGUCGCGGCGGCCUCUCGGACGUGGGGGCCGCUCGGGCGGCUCGGCUUCCCGUCCCUCGCGUCUCCGGCCUGCGUGCUGCCCCCCGACACCUCCCGGAGGCCAGUCUGGGGCGCCCUGCGAUGCGUCUCCGAUGGUGGGGGUGAAGAACUCGAGGUAGAAGAAUACAUGCUUGCUUUCAGUGAACAAGAGCAUGUUCCCAAAUUCCAUUCUGGGUAGCCCGCCCUUCACGCCGAGCCAUCAGCAGCAUGGCAGUUUCUUCCCCUUGUCUCCCACUCUUUACUCACACCAGCAGUUCAUAGAUGCGCAGUUCAACUUUCAGAAUGCAGACUUGUCCAGGGCUUUGUCAUUACAGCAGCUGACAUAUGGAAAUGUCAGUCCAAUACAGACCUCAUCUUCUCCGCUGUUUCGAGGAAGGAAGAGAUUAAGCGAUGAAAAAAACCUUCCUCUUGAUGGUAAACGGCAGCGUUUUCAUUCACCCCAUCAUGAGCCAACUGUGGUAAACCAGAUAGUGCCUUUAUCAGGAGACCGGAGAUACUCAGUGCCACCGCUGUUUCAUGCACACUAUAUGCCCGACAUAGUCAGAUGUGUUCCACCCUUCCGAGAAAUACCGUUUUUAGAACCUAGAGAAAUCAUACUACCUGAAGCCAAAGAUAAGUUGAGUCUGCAGAUCCUGGAGUUAUUUGAAACAUGUCAGCAGCAGCUCAGCGACUUAAAGAAGAAGGAGCUGUGUCGGACGCAGCUGCAGCGAGAGAUCCAGCUGCUGUUCCCGCAAAGCAGACUGUUUUUGGUUGGAUCCUCUUUAAACGGUUUUGGUACUCGGACCAGUGACGGUGAUUUGUGUCUGGUUGUUAAAGAAGAGCCAGUAAACCAGAAGACCGAAGCACGGCAUAUCCUCACCUUAGUCCAUAAGCACUUCUGUACCAGACUCUCUGGCUACAUCGAGAGACCUCAGCUGAUCCGUGCAAAAGUGCCCAUCGUCAAGUUCAGGGAUAAAGUCAGUUGUGUGGAGUUUGACUUGAAUGUAAACAAUAUUGCUGGAAUAAGAAACACAUUCCUUCUCAGAACUUAUGCCUACCUUGAGAACCGAGUCCGUCCGUUAGUACUGGUGAUUAAGAAGUGGGCCAGUCACCAUGAUAUAAAUGACGCUAGCCGCGGUACUUUAAACAGCUACAGUCUUGUAUUGAUGGUUUUGCACUAUUUACAGACCUUACCUGAACCCAUCCUUCCAUCCCUCCAAAAAAUUUACCCAAUAUUAUGGAAAAUGAAGCAUCAGAAAGCACAGGACUGGCGACAACCUGAACUCUUCCAAAGGUUUGUUUUCUUACUUGAAAGGCACAGAGUGUGCUCUUCCAUCCGUUAAUUUACCCAAAAUCGUAUAACAGCUGUGGCUUGGCCAGGCUCUAGCCAGGAACUGGAAACUCCAUCUGGGUCUUCUUCCUGGGUGGCAGGGAGUCACAUAACUUAGAGCAUAAUGUGCUGCAUACCCAGGUUCAGGAAACUGGGACUCCCAGUGGUGCAGGAUGUGGGCAUCCAGUAGGGCUUAACGUACUGUCACAGUACCCACCCGCCCUGCAGUCAGUGUGAGUGUCCCCUCAUGCUCAUUCACUGGCUGGUACCGAAAGGUCAGGCAUAAUUAUAGUGUGUUUAAAAAGUAACUUUUGGUGUAGGGAGAGCUACAUUUUUCAGCAUGCAAAGAGGAAUAAGCCUAGAAGGCUGUUGUAUUGGCAAACACUUCUUUGAAAAUCCCUCGUAGAAUCUGUGCUGGGUGAGGUCCUCUUGAGCUGAGCUUCCGGGGAAAGGCAGACUAGGUUGUGCUUGGAGCAGGGUCUUAUGUACUAGUAAGUUCUAGUAAGAGCCUCACUGCCCGUGUCUGUGUCCAUCUUCCUGUUCACUGAGCUCUCCUGCAUGACGUCCUCUGCCAUGUCUGGUCCUGUCCGUUAGGUGUUGACAGUCCUGCGUCUGCAGCUGCCCCAGGAAGGGUGUGGAGGGCUAGCUCAGUCCCCAGGCUUCCUCAGGGACGGCAGGCCUGGGGUGGCUUCUCUGUGCCUGUUACGCUAUUGCUUUCUGAUUGUUCCUGCACACACACAUUUCGAGAAAGCAGAUGCAAUGCAAUUUGAGCAAAAAAGGUUUUGCUACUUUAUAGAGAACUACACGUUUCUUUUAAAUGAUGAACUUUCUCACAUAGCUAAGUCUGCUCGUCCACUCCCUGUGUGACUGCCAUAGCUGAGCCUGGGCCAGGAGGAAGCCAGGCACUGGGGACUCCACCCUUGUCUCCCACCCUGAAGCGGGGGCCCAGGUCUUCAGGCUUGUCAUUUUCUGCUUUAUCAGGCACACAAACAGUGAGCUGGGUCAGAAGUAGAGCAGCGAAAACUUGAACUGCUGAUCCACUAUGGAAUGCUGGAGUUGCACUGCACCCCAGUGCCAACCCCAACACCUCAGUUUUCAAAGUUAGUUCUUCUGUUUUGUAUCUUGGUGCUCUAGGAAGCCAUUUGAUUCAGCAUAAUAGAGAGAUAAGAAAAUAAUUUUUUUAAGCUUAAGAAAUGAGGAAUCAACUUAUCUGUGCAGCUACAUGUUAAAAGUACCUUACAUUUUACACAAACACAUACACAUACAAGGGUGUGCAUAUAAAAACUUCAUGUUUUAAAAUCCUUUGGAACAUAGAGAAGGAAUUUAUGUCUGCAACAGGCUAUACAGAAUACCUUUGAGAAGACAGAAAAUUUAAGUGAAGAUUAAUUUUUAAAUGACUGAAAAACAUUAAAGUUUACAUUACUUAAAUUUGAACAACCGUAAGGAAAUUAAUCUUGAAACAGUAAGUUGAAAGUUUCAUGAAGUAAUCGUAUAAUAUAAAUGUUAUAAUAUAAAUGUUACAUUUAUAUUAUACAUGUGGUGUAUAAAUGUUCAGAUACUAAUUACAUGCAGUGUCCUAAGCAAUUGAUAGGCUGCCUUUGCUGUUAGACUUUAACUGUUGUUAUAACCCUGUGAAGACUGUUACUUUUCUUAUAGAUGAUUAAGUUACACUUGCAGCUUGAUAGAGUUCAGAUUAGACGUUUUGAAUCUAGUUUAUUUCUAGAAUUUAUGUGCUUCUUGUUUGUUUUAUUUGUUUGAAAGAGUUACAGAAAGAGGGAGAGAU